UACCCUGUCAGCAUGCCCCAACUUCCCGCCCGACAAGGUGUAACUAUCCCGCUAGAGCAGGGCCAGAGCCUUCAAGUCAUCAAUACACACGGAAAACAAGUGAUCGACUUAUGGGCUUUCAACCCAAAGGAUAGUCAUGACCACCUCUCGACCAGCCACACUCGAGCGAUGCUUUCAAGCAUUUCCUUGCGCAAGGGAAACAACCUAUACAGUUCUCGCCGCAAGCCCAUCAUGACUCUUGUCGAUGACACGACCCCAGGUAUCCACGACUUGCUCUUCCCCGCUUGCGAUGCUGAGCGCUAUCGCCAAUUGGGUGCUAUGGGGUAUCAUGAUAGUUGCCACGAUAACAUGCACAAAGCACUCAGAGAGUUUCCCGAGAUCAAGGUCAGAGACGAUUGGGUCCCCGAUCCGCUAAACUUGUUUAUGAAUGUGGCUGUGGAUCAUCAUGGUGGAAUUGAUAUUCGUGCUCCCACCAGCGACAAGGGUCAAUAUGUCAUUCUGAGAGCUGAGGCCGAUCUUGUUGUCGUCAUGAGCGCGUGCCCUCAAGACAUGGUCAAUGUCAACGGGGAAGGGCCUGCUGAUUGCGAGUAUCGUGUGAUUGAGGGAUCCCGAUAG